AUGAAAUGUAAAGUAAGAGUACCUAGAGAAGUUCGAGUUAAAAUUGUGUGUUCAGGUAUAUUAUUUUCAGCCUUUGAUAAUCCUUUCUUUAAAGAUUAUACUAAGAUAUUAAACCCUGGUUAUGAUCCAUCUAAGCGCACCACAUUAGCAUCAUCAAUUUUGGAUUCAGAGGCAGCAAAUAUCAUAAUUAAAGUAGAAAAUGAGCUAUCUAAGGCCAAAAAUUUAACUUUAUGUAUAGAUACAAAUUUUAAUGCUGAAAAAAUUAUAGAGGUAUUAGAAAACGUUGGGCCUGAAAAAUUUAUAGCUAUAGUUUCUGACACUGAAAUGUCGAUGAUAGCAGCAAAAAAACAGGUUUUAGAACAAGAAGCUCAAAUUUUUAGUCAUGCAAAUUCUGUAAAAAAUCUAAUUAAUGAUCGUCAAUUUUGGAUUGACAUAAAGCAAUUACGGAAUAUUCUUGGCCCAGCAAAAUGA